AAAUUUUGAUGCAUUAAAAACUGUGGAUUCCAAUUCCGAACGAUUUCAAACCAAAACAAGAGCAUCUCAUCAUUUAAGGAGAAUUUACUAAACCAAAUGGGAAAACUAGGCUACUUUAUGGAUAUGAUCAUUACAUAGUAUGUGUUAAGGUAAAUCGUACUCCUAUAUUAACUCAAAGGAUGGAUAAUUCAAAAAGUGUAUUAAGUUAGAAUUCGAUACCAAAUUUGAAAUCUUAAGAUAAGCGAUUUAAAAAAAAGACGAAGAUGAUGAUUCCUUAGGCCCAAUAAUAGGAAUUCAAUUCUUAAGAGAUAAUGCAGGAAUUAUGCCAACCUACAAAUUGAGUGCUUCUUCUAAAUUGAUACUUGAAUGGAGACAAUUUCUAAGUCCUAGAAUCAAUUAAUGGCAAUUUCAUCACAUGUUUAGAGUUUACAAAAAAAUUGGGAAGGGAAAUUUUGCAACAGUAUGCAAUUUAUAUAUUUUAUAACAGGUCUAUAUGGCUGAAAGAAUUGAAGAUGGGGAAGAAAUGGCAAUCAAAGCCUUUGCAAAAUAGGCAGCUUAUGCAGAGGAAAAUGGGAAGGAAGCAAUUUUAAAUGAAAUAGCAAUCAUGAGGAAAUUGAAUAACAAGCAUCUGAUGAAGUUGUUUGAAGUUUAUGAAACAUCGAAUUCCUUAUAUGUAGCUUUGGAAUUGUUAGAGGGAGGCUCAUUGUACGACCUAAUCAAAGAUAAAGUGCCUAUCAAUACAAAGCAAAUACAACAAAUAAUGGUUGGCAUAUUAAUUGGUCUGCAGGAAAUGCAUAGAAAAGAUAUAAUGCAUAGAGAUUUAAAACUUGAAAAUAUCCUAUUUAAAGUUUCAAAGUAAAAUUUAAUUCGAUUACAUUAGGAAAAUGGAAUCAGUAGUAAUAGCUGAUUUUGGUUUGGCUACUCACGUCAAUGAACCAGUUUAUCUCUAUUGCAGAUGUGGUACUCCUGGUUACGUGGCACCCGAAGUAAUUAACAUAAAGGACAUGAAAUCUAAAUACUCCUCUAUUUGUGAUGUCUAUAGUUUGGGAUUAGUCUUUUAUUUAUUAUUGACUGGUAAGCCAGCUUUCAAUGGCAAAAGUUAUGCUACUGUUGUCAAAUAAAACAGGGAAGCAAGUAUCGAUUUCGACAUUAAAUAACUGUAAAAUGCUCCUGGGGCUGCAGUUGAUUUAUUGAAGCAAAUGUUAGAAAAGGAUCCAAAAAAAAGGAUCAAUGCUGAAAAAUGCUUGCAUCAUGCAUUUUUAUCAGAUAUGGCUAAGAUUAUGGUGGAAGCAGAAAAGGAAGAUCAAUAGAGCAUAGACGAAAUCGACGAGGGUAAUGAAAUUCAGAAUAUGAUGAAUAAAAUCAAUGAUGAGUAAUAUUAUAGAUGUUAUUUUAGGUAUUCUAAAUUCGAUGCUACAAGAAAUAUCAACUCCCCUCUUUAAUCACCGAAACAAUCUCCUGGUCUUUUGAUGCAAAAAUAAAUUUAACAAUAAAAAUAAAUUGAUUCUACUAAAGCAGUGGCACAUGAUUCCCCCUUGUUAAAAGGAAAAGUUGAUUCUAUAGAUAGUGCUCAAUCUAUUGGAACUCCUACUAAGAAGAACAAUCAAUAAUAUUAGCCAUCACCAUAAAUAAAACCAUCGAGAUUUGCUAAGUAAGCUGAAAAUAAUCCCUUGUUAAAAUACGCAAAAAAGGAUUGAAAUUUUAUCAAAUUUAUUAAAAGAC